AACAUGCUAAGCCCUAAUGGCCACUUAGUUUUUAUCACAUACGCUUAAUGCAUAUGAAUCUAUAGUAUACACAUAUUUACGUAUAUGUAUAGUAUAUAGAUGAUGUGUUGUCAUGCUUUAUAAUUCUGAAGUUCCAAUUCCCGCACCAUCAAUGAUUGUGGAAGAAUGUAUUACAUACAUACAUAUGUAUGUACAUAUAUGGAUAUGUGUUACAAAUGUUAGGAAAUAGCUGCGUAUGCAUUUGUGGACAACACCAUUGUAUUUUUUAUUUAUUACCAAAGCAGCACUAUGUACUACAAAAACAGCUGAUUGCUGCAAUUCUUAUUUUCCUUUCACUUCUCAGCUGACUACGGCCACGGUAGUUAAAAGCGUCUGUUAUCAGUAAAUAACUCAAAUGUUAUCAGUGUAUUGACCUUAACUAGUUUCUAAUUGAUAGUGCAAUGAUUAGCGAUGAAUGUGUACAUAAGAUAGAACUAGAUAAUCUAGAGAACGGCGAAAUUAUAAAGCACACGGUACUAUUAAUCAAGGGGCACAUUCGUCAGCAGCGGCAGGCCAAAAAGUGUACAGAGCAACAAAUUUUAUUACGAGUUAGGCACGACGCUAGCGUUCUAGACGCAACUUGGGAGUUGCAGAUGCGGUCAAAAAUUUCCAGAACCGGUCAGUUCAAACUACUCUGUGAUUUCGGUCAGCAUGAACUCGAGACAGUCUACACACAAAUACCACUCAUAUUAAAUUUUAGCUACUGCAAUAUUGUGUAUCAAUGCAAGAUCCUGUAUGAAUCUAUUUCUUACAGCAAAAACAAUUAUCGCCUGCAAGCAUUGUACAUCACAUGUGUAAAUCAGAAGCCUUUGGUGGCGGAGCAAGUGCAUGAAAAUUGUGAAAAAAUCAAUUUGAAUCUACGUUUGGUGCAGUCUGUAUAUGCCGAACAGUUGCGGUCUGCUGGUUACGGUAGAAUAACUUUUAUAUUGAACAGCGAUUGUAAAGUAUUUGAAUCCCGCUUAACAUGUGAAGAAGCUUGGGAGCAGUCUGAAGAAAGUUUGUGGCAAAAUUUUGCAAAAGAAAUACUUAACUCGUCAACUUGGGGUAGUGAGAAUAAAUUGAAGUUUGUGGCAUUCAUUGGUUGUACAAUAUAUGAUGGUGCAGCCGUAGCAGCCACAGGAGAUUUUUCUUACUCAAAUAUACGUAAACAUUUGAAGGGUCACGCAGCAUUAGGUGGUGGUGGUCUAGCGCUUUUUGGCGCGGCCUAUUUAUAUGCAUGGCCAAAGUGCUUUAACGAAAUCAACGCAUGUUUUGGCAGCAACAAGUUGGUUGAUCUGACACAAUUACCAGACGAUAGCAACUAUCGGCGUACAUAUGGCGGUGUUUAUGCAACUACUUUAGGUGCUGUAGUGCAUGAAAUUGGACACACCUUUGACUUGGGUCAUACUAAAGAUGGUGUGAUGGGCAAUGGUUUCGAUUAUAUUAAUCGCGUUUUUACGAUAGACAAUUUGACCGAGCAUCUGCCGGAAAGAGUCAUAGAGCGGCCGCUGCCAGAAUUGCGUACUGAAAUCACUGCGCGCCCACGUUUCACACAACUCAAACGUGCCACAAGCACUUUUUUGGAAAAGUAUCACGAACAAAAGACAAAUGACGCAUUUUAUUUUACGCGAAAUUGUGCAAUUAUUUUAGCAUAUAAUAAAUGGUUUGGAAAUUCAAACGGCUAUGAUGCUGAUAAGAAUACAGAUGAUGCUCUCAUAACCUAUGAUGCCGGUAAUAACUGUGUGAUUACUGAAGGACACGAGAAUCCACUCUGUCUGAUGGAGGUGCGUAGUAUUGAUAACAGUUUAGUGAAAUACUGGUAUGAACCGCAGUCAAACAAAGAGUGUAGCCAAAUUUAUAAGUUCUAUUUGCCAAAGGAAGCACUCAAAGCACUCGGAGAGAAUCAUUAUUUGUUUGUGUUAACACGGUCGGGCACAACAAAGCGGUUGUGUGAGCAUUAAAAUUGUUUUAUACAAUAUUAAAUGUGUUUAAGUGUGCACUGUGUCAAAAAUAAAUUAAUCUAAAACUGAACUCAAAUGGAUUGAAGGAAUUUAGUAUUUAUUUACAUCGAAAAAAAGUUUUUUGAUUAAAAAAUAUAUAUGUACCAUAUAUGUGUGUAUGUACAUACAUAUUCAUUGAUGAUAAACAAUUCGGUAAUCAGAGUCACAAUAUCAACACUCACAAGCAACAAAAAAUAAAUAUAAACAAAAUAGUAAGCAGUGCUAUAAUAAGACAUACAUACAUAUGCAUAUACAAUAAUUACAACAAUAGUUGACCGAAGUGGAGCUACUCGAAAGUAACCGCAAAAGAGAGCCAACUUUCUUUGAAAACCUUGAUAAAAUAAAUAAACGAGUUAAUUGUGUAUUAGCGCUUAACAAGCAGUUUGCUAGUUGUCGCCUUGACGUCGUCAAAGUCACACUCACGCAAGUAGCUUGCGGCCGAGCCACGUUAGCAGUUUGAAAAAAAAAACGUGUUAACACGUACAAAGCGCGACUUAAUCAUUGAUAGUUUAGUAAGCUGCUAAAACAAUAAUAACGAAAGCUUAAUCAUCAGCUGACAUUGCUGCCUCUAAAAAGAAUUGGCAACAAAUUUUGAAAAAUAGAAAUUUCAAACUAUUUUAAAAAGAAACUUAACGCGUUGACUGGUCUUGAAAAUUUCCAAAGUUGAAAAGAUAUGCAAAAUAAACAAAUCUACUUGAAAUACUUGUAGAUAUACAAGUAGUAUACAAGUAUAUUAUUUGUAGUUAUGUUUGCAACACAAACAUAGCGGAUAUUCUAACUAGAACAUUUAUCAGCGUUAGUUGUUAUCACAAAAUAAAUGAUAAGAUAAAGUCGAAUCAUAUUAGGGCGAAAUCGAACCCAAAAUUGAACGUUUUGAUUUUUGCAAUUUCUGUACGUUCCCGUCUAUGUAGAAAGUUGCACGCGGUUUUCCGAAACAAGAAUAUAUUGCGCGGAUACAUGCAAAUAAUAACACAAAUACAUAUAUAUAAAGUUUAAAUUUUGAAUAACAAAAUAACCAACUAGUUAGAAACGCUGCAAGAAUGUCAACUCCACGUAUACAAUUUAAAGCAUUGAAGGGUUUCCCGCCUGCCACUGAAGAUAAAAUUGAAACAGAAGCAUUUCUGGAGUCUGCAAAAGAAAUUGUUACCGUUAUUGAAAUUAACAAAAGUCUAUAAUAUGGACAAAAUCAAAUAUGUCUACCUUGAGGAUAUGAUCAUCUUGAAUGUAAAAGUAAACAAUUUCGCUGCGGACGCGCUUUUGUGGUUGAAACGUGGCCUUCAAUUAAUUUGCAUCUUCUUCGAAAACAUCUUCUACGACGCGCAAGCGACGGAGGUGCUGAAAACACAUCUGCAGAAUGCAUACGAGCGCACACUGAAGCCUUAUCACGGUUUCAUAGUUCAAAGCACCAUAAAAAUAAUCUACAACUGGGUUCCUACACGCUCACAGCUGAUCGGUACAGGCGAGGCGCACGACGAGAAUCUGCAAGAAUUGGAGAAAUUUCUACCGACAAUGCAUAGCCACUUGAAUCGCAUCGAUGCGCUGCUAAAGCAAUACAACGUUGAUAAUGCGAAGGUGUGAGAAAUGCGCAGCGGAGACCUAUUUUUUUUAUUCUUAUAACGUUUUAUUCUAUAAACACUGAACCAGUUAAUCCAAAGAGGCUGCUGCAAUGACAACACAUGAAUUUACCACUUUUUUAGGCCAGUUUACACUAUGUUAUCAUUUAUUGGUACAUGCGUUAUUUAUCAAUUAAGCAUUUUACGUUGACAAACCAUGUAUUUUUAAUGUAUUUUAGAGCAUUUGAUAAAUAUUAGAUUAUUAUGUAAUACUAAUGAUGCAAUUUCGCUUAAAAUAUUUAUAAUUAAAAUUGAAUUGAUUAUAAGCUUUA